GGCACCUCGACAAAGUUUGGCGGGUCCCACCCCCGGAUCCCUGCCCGGUACUAGUUCCCGUCCCCCCUCUCCCCCUAGUCUCCGGGGAGAGUACACUCGUCGACUCCAGUCGCUCGCUCGCUCUCUCCCUCCCCCGAGGUACCGGGGACAGGCAGCCGCCGAAGCGCGCCGCCGGCCGUGAAUCAAUGGAUUUCAAGGGGUUCUGGGAGUCCAGAUUCGGGGGCAAGAAGGAGCCGGAGGAGCAGAACGGGCACGCCAACGGGAGCGUGCCGAAGAGGACCUCCGAUUUGGCGGUCUACGAGCAGUUCGAGCAGCAGGCCAGGCAGACCCAGGUCCGAGCCGCCGCGAUUCGCGAUGGAAACGCUGAUGUGAUCCAGAAGCCCCUUCUACCUUCAUUUGAGUCAGCUGAAAUGCGUAAUCUUGCAGAGACAUUGUUGAGGGAUAUUAUUCGCGGGAGCCCAGAUGUGAAAUGGGAGAGCAUCAAAGGACUGGAAAAUGCAAAACGCCUUCUAAAAGAAGCUGUUGUCAUGCCCAUAAAGUACCCAAAAUACUUCACUGGUCUUCUUUCUCCCUGGAAAGGCAUCUUACUUUUUGGCCCCCCAGGGACAGGAAAGACAAUGCUGGCAAAAGCGGUUGCUACUGAGUGCAAAACCACCUUCUUCAACAUUUCAGCUUCAUCAAUUGUCAGCAAAUGGCGUGGAGAUUCAGAGAAGCUUGUCAAAGUUCUGUUUGAGCUUGCUAGGCAUCAUGCACCAUCCACAAUAUUUCUUGAUGAAAUAGAUGCCAUUAUCAGCCAGCGUGGUGAAGCUCGUAGUGAGCAUGAAGCUAGUCGUCGCUUGAAGACUGAACUACUUAUUCAGAUGGAUGGUUUGACAAAGACAAACGACUUGGUAUUUGUACUUGCAGCUACAAAUCUUCCAUGGGAAUUGGAUGCAGCUAUGCUCCGCAGGCUUGAGAAGCGAAUUCUUGUACCGCUUCCUGAAGCUGAAGCAAGGCAAGCAAUGUUUGAGGAACUUCUGCCAGCGACUACCUCAAAGUUAGAGGUUCCGUACAACAUACUAGUUGAAAAGACUGAAGGUUACUCUGGUUCAGAUAUCCGUCUUGUGUGCAAAGAAGCUGCCAUGCAACCACUCAGACGUCUCAUGUCAGUUCUUGAAGCCAGUGAUGAGUUGGUGCCAGAGGAAGAACUGCCUGAGGUUGGUCCUCUGAAACCUGAAGAUAUUGAACUUGCAUUAAGGAACACUAGGCCGUCAGCCCAUCUCCAUGCACAUCGCUAUGAGAAGUUCAACCAGGACUAUGGUAGCCAGGUCCUUUGUUCAGAGUCAGCAUGAUCUUGUUAUCAGGUUGAUGUUCCAUUGAAUCACGGAACUAGAGCGUAGGUUGAUGAUUGUCCCGUGUUGUCAAAAUGGUUGCUCUGGUAACGAGGCUCCCAGUCCCAGCAGAUUGCAAUUUCCCUCUGGCUGCAGUACGCAUAGGUUGAAGUGCGAGGUGCAGGUGCUUGCUGCUCAGAUCUCUGUGGCUCUUCUCAUGCAGGCUGAGAUUUUCCCGAAGCCUUGAACUUACAGCAAAAAAAAAAAUUGAUUCGUUGUCUAGUUACGUGUCAAAUAAAUGUUAGGUACCCUGCAGAAAAGUACACUCUGGUUAUAUUGAACGGAAAGCGAGCCAGAGAGCUGGUCUAAGUUUCUUCUGAUUGUUGGUGCAAAUGUCCAGCUCGUUAAACCUAGCUUUAA